AAGAGGCCGACCCGGAAGUACUUUUACUGUGGAAGCUACCGUAGAUAGCCAUGGACCGGCCAGGAGAAACAGCGUGGAGGCCACCCCGGAUAUGUGACGACUAUUGGAGCGAGUUCAGACACUGCAAAAGCUUAAGGAACCGUUUUCACCAUUACUACACUCACGGCACCGCGCCAUCCUGCCAGCAGUGGAAGGAGGACUACAAUAACUGCAGAGAGUGGGAGAAUCACAGAAGCGCCGAGGCUAAGGAAGCAUUGCAGAAGAGCGAGAGGAAACGAGUGGCAGAGCAAACAAACUUCAAACCAGUGUGGGAGCUGAGGCAGGAACCUCCUAGUGACUGGCAUAUGCCUCUGAACCAGGAAAAGCCUCAGGACUCUUGAACUGUCAUCCUACUGCAAUAUACUGUGUUUCACUUCAUGGACAUAACAUCCUUUAGAGAUACGCGCUGGCAAACACAGACUCCCAUCACAGGUAAUGUUCAGAUAUAUGUAAACGGAUAUCCAGUCUGUUUAAUCAGUGCUAGCAGCAUCUAGUGGUCAGUGAUGAGGAUGGCAGACGGUGCUGUUAACUAAUAGUGCUCCAGUCUUUGUGUAAACUCAAGCACAGAUGAGUUUUAUAUUUAUAUUCUUGUUUCAAUAUUAUAUAUCAUCUAAGUAUUGAGGGAUCUUUGGUGCUUUUUGGGAUAAACGUGAAGCCGCACUCGAGCCAACACAUUGUAUGCACUGGAGUGCGGAGUCACAAGCCUGUCAGCAUUUCUCCACCACUCACCAAAUUAAAUGUCUGGAAUAUGUCUGAUUUUCUUGAAA